AUCCCAGGACCCUGAGGUCAUGACCUGAGCUGAAGGCAGCCGCUCACCGACUGAGCCACCCAGGGGCUGCCGUCAUCACAGUCACAGCACCUAGUGGAGAUUCACACGUCCGUGCCAGGCACUGUGCCAGGCACUUUCCCAGCAUUAAAUCAUCUCAUCCUCACAACGUCUACACAGACGCCCCGGACUGCAGAUGGGACACGGAAGCUCACAGGAGCCACUGUCAUCACAGUUAGGUUGCCGCAGAGCAGAGGGGAAGAAGAGGAAGCUGGAGGGGUGCAGCUGGAGUGAAGACAGUGUCUGUAUGUGCAAGCCAGGGCACGCUGGUCAGGUGCCAGGACCCAUGGGGCUCGCUGACUUAUGGGGCCACCACUGGGCGGGAAUUCUGCUUGCAGCCUCACUUUUGACCAUGUGGAGUCCGCCAGCUGCAGCCCAGCUCACCCUUGCUGCCGGCCCACUUAACAUCACCCAAGAACUGCUGGCCAGGCCCACCAUCUCAAUCAGCCAGGACACUGCCAUAGAGCAGAGGGGACAGGUGACCCUCUCCUGUGACACCAAGAAUGCCAAUGUCACCAUCCACUGGUUCGCCAACGAUAUCCCCCUGGUGUUCCAUGAGCGCAUGCUGCUGUCUACAGACGGAAAGAAACUCACCAUCCUCACUGUGCGGCGGGAGGACUCUGGGACUUACAAAUGCAAAGCCGAGGGUUUCCACCAGGUCCAGAGCAGUGACCCCACCUUCCUGACCGUGAACUAUGGUCCUGACCCAUUUGAAAUCAAGUUGGAUUCUGGUGUAUCCAGCGGGGAGGUGGUUGAGGUGCUAGAGGGCUCCACCGUGACCUUUUCUGUGGAAACGCAGUCCUAUCCACCUGCUGUCCACUCCUGGUUUCUCAACAAUACCUCGGCUCCAUUUUCCACCACGAGAACAUUCACCAUCCAGGCCAUGUCCACGGAACAUGAAGGCGUGUAUAGGUGCUUGGCGUCCAACACCGCCACCCACCUGCUCCGCCUGGGGGCUCUUGAAGUCCGAGUCCUUGAAAUGCUGACCAAGCCCAGCGUUGUGUCCCCAAGCCUGAAUCUCGUGGAGAAUGCCAGCUCUGUGACCCUGACCUGCCAGACCUCCCACAAGGGGGCUGGAGUCCUGUGGUUCCUGAGGGGCCAGGCCCUUCUGCCUAGCCAGCACCUGGUACUGUCGGCCGACAACAGGAGCCUGGUCAUCCACGGCCUUCAGAGAGAUGACACAGGCCCCUAUGAGUGUGAGGUCUGGAACUGGGGCAGCCAGGCACGAAGCGAGCCCCUCACGCUCACCAUCAGCUACGGCCCCGAUCAAAUGGCCAUCACCAGCAGGGCAGCGUCCGGGGUGGUCAGCACCAUCAAGGCAGAGCUCAACUCCAGCCUGACCCUGCAGUGUCAGGCAGAGUCCCAGCCGGGUGCUAAGUUUCACUGGACCAUUGAACACUCCACCACUGUGUAUAUGGGGGAGCAGUUAAUCAUCGGGGCCCUGACCUGGGAACACCAGGGCAUCUACAACUGCACGGCCUCCAACCCACUGACCCAGUUGGCCCGCUCUGCUUCGGUCCUGGUCAGAGUGGUAGCUCCCAGGUCAUCCCUGUCUGCAAGAGUCAUUGCUGGCAUUGCCGUCGGGGCCCUGACUGUCGCUGUCCUGUCCGCAGGGCUGGGCUGUUUCGUCUGCAAGAGAAACGCCAGACGGUUCUCAAGGAAAAAAGCAGAGGACCCCAUCCAGGAGGGAGCAACACCCACCUCUGUGGAGGCGCCCCGUGCAGAGUCCUGUUCCACCCCAGGCUGGCCUUCCCUUUCUCUAGACUGGCCGAGGCCCAUGUAUGCCACCUCACCUGAACCUCAAGGACAGGUUGGAGUCAAAAAGGGGCUGCCACCAGACCCCCCAGAGCAGUUUUAUGAGAAGGAUCCACCAUCAACAACCCCCAGGAACUAUUCUCAUGGCCCCAGAAAACCACUGCCCAAAGUUGCAUUGGAUCCAUUGGUCCCCACUCUACCGAAAGGAAACAUAGAGUCAAACUACGAGGUGCUCGUGAAUCCAGAACACAACCUUUACUGCCAAAUCAACCCCUGAGUCUAACAGAAGCAGAUUUCCUUUCUCCAGAAAUCCUAGAGGAGUCAUGCUCAAUCACAUCUUCAAUGAAAUUUAUUGGGUGCCUAUGAUAUUCCAGCCAUUCUCUUUGUAGACCUCGUGACAUUCUAUUCUAGGGUGUUUUUCAAGCUCUGGACCCUAGCUCCCACCAAAUCUUGGGCUUUUGAUUCAUGUUUCUUUAAAAGCAAUAAAAACAGGGAGAAUGUGAUCCAGAAUUAGAGGGCCAAGAUUCGAGCCCCAGCUGCUGGAGAUGCCAUAGCUGUGUCACGAGGAUAGGCAAACACUUGUGGUGGACACAGCAGCUGGGUGUGGAGGGUGUGAGCCAGCCAGAGAUGAGCAGGGGAGGAAUACAGGGGCCAGUCUUUUCAAAUCACGGCAGAAGAUGAGAAACAAGGAGAUAUUAAGAGAUGAUGACAGGAAAAAACAGAAUAACGUGAGAGACCAAGGCACCUGGGGAGGAACAGAUGCAAGGUGCUUAGAAUCCCAGAGGAUUCGGGGGUGGAGGUAGUGAGAGUUAGAUCUGGUGAAGCCAGAGUGAGGAGUCAAGGACGACUCCCUGGUUUUUGGCCAGAGCACGUGGAUGACCAGCAAGCCACUUUGAGGCAACAGUGAGGGAGGAGCACAUUUGGGAUAGAGAAGGAAAGUCAAGAAUUUGCUUUAAGCAUGUCAAAAAUAGAUUAGCUGGAGAAUAAAACAGGCAAUUGUUCAUAAAAGUCUAGAUAGAGCAGGGUAGGAGAGAUACAUAUCUGGGAGUUGUCAGUGGAGUUUAAAGUUAUGGGGCUGUAGGAGAUCUUGUGUCAUGGUUCUCCAAGACCACCCUCAGCCUCGGUGAUUUGCCAGGAUUCACAGGACCCAGACUAUUAUACUCAUAGUCAUGGUUUAUUAUAGCAAAAAGAGAAUAAAAUAAGCAAAGGGAAAGGACCUGGGGUGAAGUCUGGAGGACACCAUGCAUAAACUUCCGAGUGUCCUUUCUCAGCAGAGUUACCAGGGAACUCCCCCAGCAAUGAUGUGUGACAACACUUGUGAAGGGUUGCCAACCCAGGGAGCUCACCCUGAACCUGAGAGUUCAGGGUUUUUAUAGGAGGUCAGUCACAUGGGCAUAUAUUAUAGGACUGGCCUGCCACUGAAGCUCCAGACCCCUAGAGAAGGAAAGUUGGUGUUCACCAUAGAGCACAUUGUUUGUAUAAACCAUGGACAAGCUGGUGCAGCAUGGCUCAAGGCCUCAGGCCUGCAAAACCCCUUUAUCAGAUAGAACAUUACGAGAGCCCAGUUCCUAGAAGCCAACCAAGAGCUAGUUAUGGAAAUAGGCCCUUCUUGGGUUUGAAUACUCCAGGCCUGUUGAGUUAACCCUUUCCCCUACAGAUUGCAAAGAAAGUGGAUAAAGACAGAAUAAGUAGGGGCUGGUAACUAAGCCCUGGGUCCCUCCAAUGUUUAUAGUUUGAAAAGAGGAAAAGGGCUGUCUUCCCCCCCACACACACACUGCCAAGAACCUGCCAGCCCCCAGUAUCCCGGGGACAGGUUAUACUCCCCAUCUAAUGACUCUUGCCUUUAUCAUCCAGCAUUUAGAGCAAAUGGGUUCGUGACCUCCUUGUUUCUCAGCACGAGUUGAGCCCUCACCCAAAUCCUGGCCAACAGAACUCAAUCCCCAAACAGCUGAUGGAGAAACCUCUGGGUUCAAUGAGCAUCUCUCUAGAAUGAGUUCCUGUUCCUCAGUCAUAUCUGUUCUGAAGUCUCCAUAACAUCCAGGUUAGGUCAGGAUUCGGGUGCUCCUGGAAGUAAAACUUACCGUCUUGUUGAUAUUGAAAGAAGAAAAAAGAGCAAACAAAAGGCGAAGUCAGUUUUAAAUUAUAUAUUACUAAUGCGUUAAUGUCUGAAUAUCUUAAAUUUUAAAAAAUCGAAAAAAUAAGGGAAAAGGAGGAUGAGCUCAUGGUCAAAGCAUCCCAUCAUGAUUUUGUCAUAUUUACGUACUGAAUCUGUAAAUCAUUCUGCAGGAUUUGAUGUCUUCACAACACAGCUUGUAGUAUGGUGAUUCUUUAUCUUUUAUGUCUGUCGUUGGAGUUUUGAAGGUUUCUUCUUAUGCUUCAUUUUUUUGCUUCUAUUAUGAAUAAAUAUGAACUGUCCUGUCUUGUUUGCACACUCAGUAUUGUUUAUGUAGAGGAAAGAUGUUGAUAUAUGGGUAAGGGGCAAUAUAACGUAAAAGUUAAUAGCAUGAACUCUAGCAUCAGACUUCUUGGACUCAAUCCCAGCUCUGCCCUCACAAUACAAUCCAGGGUAAGUUACUUAACGCUUCUGGGCCUCAAUGUCAUCUUCCGUAAAAUGGAAGUAACAGUCCAACCUUGUAUGAAUUGUUAUGAGGACUA